CCAUGGUAUUUUAAAAAAAAACUUUUUUUGAAAAAAAGAAAGUAUUGCAGCACUCCGUGUUGUUUUGGAAGAGCUCCCUAUGUGUGGACCAUUUCAGAUUUUUGUACAAAGAAGGGUCAAUGGACUUAAUUGCUUCAGUCAGUGCAGUUUGUUAAUCUCAUCUAUAAAGUGCCCCUUUUUAUCUUUGCAGUUGUGAAGUUGUUGACUUGGAAGGAAGCUCUUCGGACUUUGGCUGGGGUUGUUAACUGUAAAUUUGUCACAGCAAAUACAGUAAACGGGUUCGUGGGCUUAAAGUGGGCUGCAGCUCCUGAAAGAUUUCUACCUCAGUAAAAUGAGUUAGGCUUUAAGGUGGUCUCUUUUCAGUAACCUAAGUCUUCUAGCACUUUACAGAUAAAGCAUGGCUGACAGUGUUGUAAACUUUUAUUGACCAAAACUGCCUUCAGCAGUCCACAGAAGCUAACACAAUGAUAAAUCUUUGGUCUCUUAAGGUGCUGUGGUACUCUUUUGACUCUGUUUCUAAUGUGUGAGCUGAGGGAGGCCUCUUCAAUCACUGAUGGUUUUCUUGAGUCCUUGGGCACAAACAAACAGUAAAGUGAAAAGAGAUGGAUGGAUGUUCAGGUCGAUCACAAUUGUUGUGUUGGAAAGGAGAACUAGAAGAUAAUGAGUUGGGAAGACUGGCUACAGCAAAAGGUUUCCACAAUGCCUGGCAUGGUGAUGUUUGGGAGGCGCUGGGCCAUAGGCAGUGAUGACUUUGUCUUCCCAGGAGCUUUUGAACUUUUCAUCAGGGUGAUUUGGUGGAUUGGCAUUCUGGUGCUGUAUUCCAUACACAAAGGACAAUAUAACUGUGCAGGAGGUCCUUUGCUACACAGCUAUCUUCUUGUCCUUCUGUUCCUCCUGGCAGCCGUAAUAUGCGCUCUGUCUUCUAUUUUGUAUAUCAGCAUGCAAGGAACAAUUUCCAACCCUGGACCAAGGAAAUCUCUCCCAAAGUUGCUGUACCUGCGUCUGGGCCUUUUCUUGCCAGAACUGGUCUGGGCGGUCGUGGGAGCUGUCUGGGUGUCUGACCACAAAGUAAAUUGUGAAAAAACGGUGAUCAGUGCCAUAUUUGGAACCGUCAUUGCCAGCUGGGUUAUCAUCGUCGUCACAGUUGCGGCCAUUGUGAUGGUCUUUGAUCCGCUCGGUGGGAAGAAAACUCUGUACAUUACUCACUGUGCCGAUCGCGACCUGGAGAGCAGCCAGACUGGGCAGCUUUUUUACAAUGUCAAGAAGACGGCCACUCGAGUGUGGGAGAAAAGGAUCCGUUUGAUGUGUUGUUGCAUCGUGCAAGAUGAUGACCACCGCGUAGCUUUUACAAGCAUCGCUGAACUUUUCCGUGGUUACUUCGCUGACACCGACCUUGUGCCUAGCGAUGUGGCAGCAGGUCUGAUUCUGCUUCACCAAGAGCAAGAUAAGGUAGAAAAAUGCCCUAAAGAACCGGAAGAAGUUCUUGUCCAGUCACCACCAUCCCCUGGGGCUAAUGAUUUGGAUGCCGAGUUAGAAAAUGCUGCUCAUUAUAUGAAAUUUGCUGCGUCUACUUACGGAUGGCCGUACUAUAUAAUGACAAACCCUCUUACCGGGUUCUGUAAGCUUAAGGGUGACUGCUGCAGAAGCCCAGCAGAAACGGAUAUUGUUGGCGAUGACCGUUUUAACAUGCAUUUUGGAUCUAUCUUAAAAAUAACAGGGCUGGAGUAUCGCGAUUUCAUUCACAUAAGCUUUCACAACAAAAUUUUUGAGAUACCGUUCUUUGUUGCUCUGGAUCACAAAAAAGAAGCUAUCGUCGUAGCUGUGAGAGGAACCCUGUCGUUUGAGGACGUCCUCACAGAUCUUUCAGCAGACACUGAAAACCUAACUCUGGAAAAUGUCCUCGAAAACGGUCUUGUACAUAAGGGCAUAACUCAGGCUGCCAACUAUAUUUACAGAAGACUCGUCAACGAUGGGAUUUUGAACCAGGCCUUCACCAUUGCUCCUGAAUAUAAACUGGUUGUUGUUGGCCACAGUUUAGGAGGGGGAACAGCCUCCAUACUGGCUGUCAUGCUCAAAAAUGCCUUCCCAAAUCUGAAAUGUUAUGCCUUUUCUCCACCAGGAGGCUUAGUAAGUAAAUCGCUUGCAGACUAUACCAAACAGUUUAUUGUGUCGGUCAUUCUUGGGAAAGACAUUGUUCCAAGGUUAAGUAUGCCGAACAUGGAAGACCUGAAGAGAAGGAUCAUUCGGAUAGUUGCCAACUGUAACAGACCGAAGUACCAGAUCCUGUUGCAUGGAUGUUGGUAUGAAGUAUUUGGAGGCGAACCUGAUAACUUCCCGACUGAACUGGAUGGUCGAAAUCAAGCCGCUCUGGCCCAGCCUCUCCUCGCUGAAGAGAGCUUAAUGAUUAAUCGGUCACCUUCUUACAGUACUAUUGAUGACGACUCACCGUUAAGUUCCCCUCCUCAGUAUCCUCAUCUCUAUCUGCCUGGGAGAAUCAUCCAUAUUGUUGAAGAAAACAGCGCAAGAAGGUGGUGCUCUUCAGAGGUCAAGUACGCUGCAGACUGGUCAAAAGAAACUGCCUUUGGUAAUAUUUUAAUAAGUCCCAAGAUGUUAACGGAUCAUAUGCCAGAUAUCAUUCUCAAAGCUCUUGACAGUUUGGUUCAAGCAGACACAUCUUGUCUGUCCUGUCCAGCACAAGGAGAAUCAGCUACGAACAUUGUAUAACUGGGGACCUGGAAGGACGGGAACGAUGCCAGUUUCCAAGUGUUCAUGAGAGCAGCACUUUUGUAUUGAAAUCUUGCCUGCGGUAGAAGUUGGGUUUAUGCCGUUGUGAUUUUCAGGAGAAACACACACAGUUCGUGCUGCUGGGGUUCCUCUGGGCUGUUCUAUUUCCUGGGUCAUUUUUAAGAUGAGUUGCUUCAAUUUAAGAAGAGCAAAGGUACCUGUUAUAUCAGUUAUAAUCAAAGACGAUGCGGACUGGCAGCUGGAGCUGAGAACAAGCUGACUGGCAGAGAUGGAACCUCGUGGCCAGGGCAAGUGUUAAGACUACUUAACUCUGCUACCUCUGUGCUAUGCGCACCGGUGGAAGAGAUUCUGCCAUCCGGCAUUGCUCUUCCCCAGAGCUGGAUAUACCUGCAGUAUUAUGAAGCACUUGUUAACUCCCAAGUGAAGAAUAACGGGAAGAGGAAAAUUAAAGACAAUUUUACUACCAGUCUGGAUAUGCCAAGGAGAGCUCAGCGAUGUGAUCUGGACUUCACAACCUUUUAUUGCACAAAUCAUGGAAGUAAAAAAAUGUCCCGAUUUUCAUUCCUACUGAAUGAAGCUUGCAUUUUUAGAUCCCUUUUGUGGGCUUAAAAGCUACGUGGAUAUAUGUGUAAUACGUGUCUGUUUUUGUUUACAGUUUUUCAACCCUGCUGAAUAUGCAUUUUAAUUACGCUGACAGGAGGGUGAAAAACCCAUUCUCAGCAGUGGCGUGCAUCCUGCAUUAAUAAUUCUGCAUUAGGACACCCUGGAAGGACUGUGUGAACUCACAAUCGAGACAUUGCUUUGUUGUUCAGAAUGUCUUGCCUGUUGUCUUGUACAGUUAAAAUGUGUGCGAAGGA